AUGCCUAACCCGUACACCGGAAAUUAUGAAGCAGCCCGCUUCGUGGAGUACUACGCCUCAGCUCAGAUGCUGCGGGACUCUGUUCAUCGGUUGCAUACGGUUAGUAUUCAGCGACACAUGGACGCUCUGCGCCGUGCAGAGUCCGCCCACCAAAAACACACGUGUCCUGCAGCACCAAUACGUUCAAGGCAGCAAAUAGAAGAACACGCCAAUAGGAUGGUUUACCAGGAGAUGCUUCGGCGGCAGAAAAACAUGACGAAGUUAGCAUGGGACGUAUACAAACCAGUUCCCCCAAAACGUCUUAGCAGUGAAGAGCUCAGGUCACUGGUAAAGCGCAUGUAUGAACAACAAAUGCAAAACAUGACAGAGCGAAAGAAAGAAGCCCGGCAACGACAAGUGGUAUUAUCCGACGAGGUCCUCGCUGAAACAAGGCGCGGAAGGAGGAUGUUAAGACAACGCGACAUACAUCGGUCACUUGAGUCGGGGUGGCGCACGCCGUCAUCACGUGCGAAAUACAACGAUGGAAAGCUUCUCCUUGUUUCCGGUGGAAAUGUUAAGUCUACAAGUAAAGAGCGGCCUCCGGAUUUGGGGUAUCUGGCGCGACUCGCGAAGCCCCUACGACCGACCGAAAGGGUUAACAAAUGUUGA